GUGCUCCGCGAUGCUUUUAUCUGCCCGCGAGUAUCGCAACAGACCGCGGGUCGAGUGAACAGAACACCGCCGCCGUCGUGGUGAUCCCUGGGUCAGUUCUAUAUCGAAAUUGCACUGUGUGAGGCCUUUUUCAUCGUAGCCUUUGGUGAUGGUGUCAGGUUCCACGUGUAGGCGUUUCCUCCGCUGAGCGGCUUGACGAAAGGAUACCAUGGCCAACGGUGGCGGCGGCGGCGGCCCGUCAGGUCCGCCAAAAAAGCGAACCGACUCGGACUGUUGCAGCACUGGAUUCCUUAAAAAUGUUCUUCACAUAUUUAACGUCGUGUUUCUGAUUGCGGGACUGCUCGUCCUAGGCGUGGGAGUUUGGAGUGUUGUGGCCAAACACCAGUUUGUGGCCCUCCUGGCCACAUCCACCUACGCACUCACUGCCUACACCUUGGUUCUAGCCGGAGGCCUCACCAUUUUGGCCGGGGUCGCUGGUUGUGUGGCCCUGUGUCAGGAAAACAAGUGCCUCCUUCUCAUGUAUAUUUUCACACUCCUUCUGAUCUUCCUUCUGGAAGCGAUGGUCGGCAUCUUGGCCUACAUUUACGAGGGCCAUGUGCAGAACGAGCUCAGCAUUAGCUUGAACGCGACGUUCAUCGACAGCUACCAAAUGAACCCGGAGGUCACGAAGGCCAUUGAUGAGCUGCAGUUUGAGUUCAAGUGCUGCGGGGCCGUCCGAUUUGAAGACUGGAAGUACUCUCGCUGGCUGACGGAAAAUCCGGGCGUGAAGAAUCUGGUACCAGACUCCUGCUGCAUUACCAUGACCGAAAACUGUGGAGUGCGAGACCACCCAAGCAACAUUUACUACAACGGUUGCAUUUAUAGAUUAGCAAGUGAAAUGAGCGAGCACCUGAACAUCCUUGGUGGAGUUGGACUCGGCUUCUGCGUGAUGCAAAUUUUCGGAAUGGUGUUAGCCUGCAGCUUGUACAUUAAGCUCCGUGAUCCACCAGAAAGACAAUCUCAUACAAACAGCACAGGAACCUCCAGCAGAACCUGAUUAGCGCAUGUGUCUCUUUAAAAACUUUUUUGUUCCUCUGGAUUAUUGUGUCCGUGUAAAAUGUGCGGCGCCAAAAUUUUUACACCACACCUCAUUUUCUCCCAAAAUGUAUUAUAAUUAGUGGAGGAAUUUAGUCAAUGUACCUAAUUUAAGAUUUAUUUAUUUCGUGUGUUAUGAGAAAAUUAAAAUUGGUAAAAACGAGUUAAAUGUAAAUAUAUAUGAUAAAAUAAUGUUAUGAUUGUAGUGGCUGAAAACAAUAAUUAGAGUUUUAUUAGGGAAUACAAAUUUUAUUUCCGAAAUAAAUUUUUCUACUCUGCAAGUAUAAAAUCUUAUCUCUGUGGAAUCUCAAGAAGGAGAAAACGAACAUUAAAAUGGGUCGUGUAUGCGAAACCUGCUAAAACUUUAACCUAUUUGAUUUUUUAUUUAUUAUGGCAGAACAAAAUAAAAUGACUUUUUGCCUUUCAAACACAA